AGGCGCGCUUUCUGUAAGCCCUUUUGACAUCACACUUUACGAGGCUGCAAAUCGUAUGCCAACAAUUGGCACGCUGCAUGCUGAAAAAGUUGAGAACCUGGCCACUCCACUCCACUCCAGUAUUGAUGUCUCGGGCCAAAGUGGCAUGCCAGUUACACUCACAAUGUUGCAGGGACUAUAGCAGUCGUCUACUUCUUGGCUUCAAGUUCAGCUUCUACUGGGAUUUGAUGUAGCAGAUAGCCUUAUUAUACAGCUGCUGACAUAACACCAUGGAAAUAUCUGUCGUCUUGAGGAGAACUAAAGGUUUUUAUGAAGCAGUGUGUGCUCUGAACACCUUGCAGACCAAUGUGAGUGUGUUGGAUCAGGUGCGGAGGGAGCAGAGUGAGCUACCUGAGCUACAGCUCCAGGCCAUGCGGGGCUUCCUCCGUCGUACAGGCCUCACAGUAGACAAGCUGGACCACCUCAAUAUAAUCCAUGUGACAGGCACCAAGGGCAAGGGAUCAACAUGUGCCUUUACUGAGAGAAUCCUCAGGGACUAUGGCUUUCGGACUGGGUUUUACAGCUCACCACACCUGGUACAGGUCAGAGAGAGAAUACGCAUCAAUGGACAACCAAUCAGCAAAGAGCUCUUCACCAAAUACUUCUGGGAGGUCUUUACCCAGUUAGAUGCUACAAAGGACUCCCAUGGAGUUAAUAUGCCGGCCUAUUUCCGCUUCCUCACCAUCCUGGCGUUCCAUGUCUUCCUACAGGAGAGGGUUGAUUUAGCUGUUAUUGAGGUUGGGAUUGGAGGGGCCUAUGACUGUACGAACAUCAUCAGGAAGCCGUGGGUUUGUGGGAUAUCCUCCUUAGGAAUUGAUCAUACAAGUAUACUAGGAAACACCAUAGAGGAGAUCGCCUGGCAGAAAGCAGGCAUAUUUAAGCCAGGGGUGCCCGUGUUCACUGUCAAGCAGCUAGAUAGGCCCAUGACUGUUCUACAGGACAGAGCCAAAGAGAUAGGGUGUCCUCUGUGGGUUUGUCCAGAUCUGGAGCAGUAUGAGUCUGCGGCUGGCCCUCUGAGUCUGGGCCUGGCUGGACAACAGCAGCGCUACAACGCAUCACUCGCCCUGCAGCUCAGCAAGACCUGGCUACAGCGCUACAGACAGUCUGAUGAUCAGCUUGCUGCCCCGAUAGUGGAGAACAGGCUGGUCUCCCAGGCAAAGGCCUUUAAGCCCAGCCCCAUCAUGGUCAAAGGCUUGGAGGCGACAGAGUGGCCUGGAAGAACUCAGACUCUGAGGCAUGGUCCUGUCACCUACUACCUGGACGGAGCCCACACCACGGGCAGCAUGCAGGCCUGUGUACACUGGUUCAGCCAGGAGAUCCAGCAGGAAGAGAGUAGCAACAGGGGCCCUGUGAUCCGAGUACUGCUGUUCAACACCACAGGAGAGAGGGACUCUGCUGCCAUGCUCAAACUCCUAGAGCCAUGCCAGUUUGAUUUUGCUGUGUUUUGUCCCAACAUCACUGAAACUAUUACAGAAAACAAUGCAGAUCAGCAGAAUUUCAGUGUGUCUGUGGAGAACAUGCUGACCCGUUGCCUUGACAACCAGAUCAGCUGGCAGAGCCUGAGCGGGACAGAGACUAAGCAGGGGUCUGAGUCUGAGCUGCUGAUAAAGGACAGGCUCCCCUUGCUGGCCAAGACCAGGACCCACACCAUGGUCUUCCCUUGCAUCCUCAGCGCCCUCCAGUGGAUCAGCCAGGGAAGGGACGCUGUGCUGGCUACUGCAGGGAGCCCCUAUCUUCCAGCACAGCCCAGUGUCACAGCAAAAGCAGAACCAUUGAGAGAGGCAGCCCAGGUCUCUGUCCUGGUUACAGGUAGUCUACACCUAGUAGGAGGGGUGCUGAAAUACCUGGACCCCUCGCUAGCCUCCUAAUUAACUAUUGGCCCAACAAUUGGCCCAUCAGUCUGGCUUGGAAUUUUGUAGGACAUUGAGAUACGCUCAAUGUUUGACAGGUAUUAUAUUUUAGGUGUUUACAGCUUAGGGUCUUCUUGAAUAGAUGUGUGCUUCUUGUCCAGUGUGGUGCACUCAAUUUGCUCUGUCCUCAGUGCAGGAUCCCUGGGCUUUCAUACUACGAAGCUGUGCUGUACUGUGUCAGCAGGUCAAGUUGAAUGAUUUUCUCAGGGUGAUUGAAUUACAAUGGUUUUGAAUUGUAUUUACUCUUUGAAUUAUCGCUUUGACCAAUGUACAUAAUGAAAAUCAAAGCAUGUAUGAAUUUGUACAUAGUUGUGAAUGAAUACUUUAACAGUACCAGUCAAACGUUUGGACACCUUCUCAUUCAAGGGUUUUUCUUUAUUUUUACUAUUUUCUACAUAAUAGUGAAGCCAUCAAAACAAUGAAAGAACAGAUAUAGAGUUAU